UUCUAGUUAUAUAAAUUGGACACUAAAUUUGAAAUUAUUAUACAGUUGAUUUACAAAAAUGAAAGUUCUAAUUGUUUUAACCUUUUGUAUAGUUUACGUCUUCUGCGGGUCUAUAUUGACCCAGAGGCAACCGGAAAUAAAAAAAGUAGUUGGAGGUUAUUCGGGAUCAUGUACUACAUCUCGCUAUUGGGAUUGUUGUAAGCCAACUUGUUCAUGGAAAGGAAACACAAACACGGAUUAUGGUCCAGUAAGAGCUUGCAGCAGCGAUGGAUACAAUGUAGAUGAUGGAAAUACUGAAUCUGGAUGUGUUGGAGGCAGCUCAUAUAUGUGCAAUAACCAACAGAGUGUUGUUAUUAACUCCACGUUAGCUUAUGGAUUUGCCGCCGCUAUGUUCAUCAGCCCCCCUGAAAACAUGUGUUGUACUUGUUUCCUUCUCAGUUUCCAAAAGGGCGAAUGGGGUGACUGUUCCGGAAAACAGAUGGUUGUCCAAAUUACAAACACCGGUGCUGGUUCUAGCAACUCUAGCGGUGAUCAAAACAACAUCGAAGUUGCCAUGCCUGGAGGUGGUGUCGGAUAUUACACAGAAGGAUGUAAAACUCAAUGGAAUGCUCCAGACCUAGGUUGGGGUGACCAGUAUGGAGGUGUAACUACUGAAGACGGUUGUUAUGAACUUCCUACUCAACUUCAAGAUGGAUGCAAGUUUAGAUGGGAGUUCCUUAAUGGAUGUUCCAAUCCACCAGCAACCUUUGAACAAGUUGUUUGCCCUCAAGAAAUUGUGGAUAUAUCCGGCUGUAAAAUGGACCCUGUUUGGAAUUCGUAAAAAUAAGAAUAAGAUAUCUUUCAAUGUGUUACUAAUAUAAUCGUUUAAUGUACCUAUGUAAGUGCCGUUUCGCAUAAAGCGGAUAAUUUAGUCCCUCAGGAUAAUUUCCUGUCAAUCGGGCCUUGAAAAUAAACGCUCCAUGUGAAACGGGCCUAACUAUA